AUGAACGAACUCAAUUUUCGCAUCGCGACUGAAGAGGACGCCGCCCAACUUCACCAGUUGGUUGAAACCGCCUUCCGCACCACAGACAGCAGAAAAGACUGGACCGAUAAUCUGGGCCUCGUAUCAAGCUUUCGCCCACAUGUCCAAGAGAUCAUCGAUGUAAUCACCAAACCAGACAGUGUCAUGUUGAUGGCAACCAACGAUCAAGAUCUGCUUGUCGCCGCAAUCGGAACUUCCAAGCGCGAUGUAAACUACGCUCGUCUUUUCAGGCUUGCCGUUGAUACGAGCCAACAGCGCGGUGGUAUUGGGCGUCAGGUCUUGGAAUACGCUGAAGAGUACUGUCGACGGACUUGGGGUGUUACGACGAUCGGAUUAGAUGCCCUUUCGUGUCGCAAGGCACUUAUCUCGUGGUAUUUACGUUGUGGAUACGAAAUGACGGGGGAAACGACACCCUUUCCUCGUGAGAAACUUAAGGACCUAGUCUUGCCGGAUGAUCUUUGUUUUAUUGAAUUUGAGAAAGCUCUGGGGAGCUGA